GAAUGCUGGGUUGUUUACAUUACUGGCACACGGGUCAGCACAGUGGUGAUGAAAGGGGCCUAGCUGCUGCUCAGACUUUCUGAAAACACGUACGCAUCUCGACUGCCUUUAACAAGGACAGGCUUUCUCGCUCUCUCCGAAAAAAACUUUCCAGCGCUUAGCCGACUGUGCCACGCAACAAGAGAGGCCCGCUGAGUCCACUUUUAGGAGCGACCUUGGAAAGAGAAGGGAAAGUCAAAACAAAGACCACCGCCAUAACCAUCAGGAGAAACUUUCAACGCGAAGAAGGAAUAGCUUAGCAACAGACUCCCACUUCCUGAGGUGUAAAGGAUCAGGCUCCUAACACCAUGGAUAUGGACACACAGCCACAAGGACAGCAAGCAGCCGUGCCAGUCUUUCAGCCCCAGAAACCAUUACAACCAGACAUGGGGCACAACUCGCUGGCAAACUUCCAGAUCGAGAAGAAAAUCGGACGUGGCCAGUUCAGCGAGGUGUGGCGGGCGAGGUACCUGUUAGACAACACGUCAGUCGCCCUGAAGAAAGUCCAGAUAUUCGACUUGAUGGAUGCCAAAGCUCGGCAAGAUUGCAUCAAAGAGAUAGAUCUCCUUAAGCAACUGAACCACCCCAAUGUGAUAAAAUACCAUGCGUCUUUUAUUGAAGACAACGAGCUGAACAUAGUCCUGGAGCUGGCAGAUGCAGGGGACCUCUCGCGGAUGAUCAAGCACUUUAAGAAGCAGAGGAGGCUCAUCCCAGAGAGAACGGUGUGGAAGUACUUCGUCCAGCUCUGCAGUGCGCUCGAACACAUGCACUCCCGGAGAGUCAUGCACAGAGAUAUCAAGCCAGCCAAUGUAUUCAUCACAGCAACAGGAGUAGUGAAACUUGGAGACUUGGGCCUGGGACGAUUCUUCAGCUCCAAAACAACGGCCGCUCACUCACUAGUGGGUACUCCGUACUACAUGUCACCAGAGAGGAUACAUGAAAACGGAUACAACUUCAAAUCUGACAUCUGGUCGCUAGGAUGCCUGCUCUACGAGAUGGCAGCCCUGCAGAGUCCAUUCUACGGGGAUAAGAUGAACCUCUACUCCCUUUGUAAGAAGAUAGAACAGUGCGACUACCCCCCACUUCCCUCAGAUCACUACUCAGAGGAGCUGAGGAACUUGGUAGAUAUGUGCAUCAACCCUGACCCGGAGAAGAGGCCGGACAUCACCUACGUGUACGACAUUGCCAAACACAUGCAGAACAUGACACAGGGCAGCUAAACCCGGAAUGACACACCUAUAGCUCGCAGAACUCCUCCCCACUUCCCUUCUUGCUUUUCAUGCUGGACUCAAAAAUCUAUUGGCUUUUAUACAAUAACUCCAGAGUUUAGAUCCUUGUGAUAAGAAGCACGUGUAACAGAAUUAUUUUAAAGGUGAAGGUACAGUCCAUUAUAUAACUGCCACCUAAACCUCUCUGCCUUAGGAUAAAGCUUAUAGAGAUUAAACUUCUUGUCAGACGGACCUCCCAUUCCUCAGACUUCAAUAAGGAUACAGCACUGAAAAUCAGCGUAUUGUAACUCACUGAUGUGCUAUAGCUUUAAAAUGCAUUUCCUCUGUAUAUUCAUGUAUUGAAGUAAUGGCAUUCUUCAGCAGCUGCUAGAAGCAUAUUGUGUUUAAAGCAGAUGUACUGAAAAAAAUUAUAAAUAGAGAAGAAAAAAAGACAGGUGUUACUUAUCCUAAAACAGUUAAUCAUGGAAUAUAUCAAAAUGACCAUUAAUGGUUUACUAGGUUUCAUGAGACCUAAGCACAGCAAUUACCACGAAAAAGACCAUGAAAACUUUGAAAGUCAAAUAGGAGUGAAGAGAUAUUCACUCAAGGGCGGCAAAACUGAGAGACGUAACAAAGUGUUAUUGGUGGUAGAGGCGGUGUUGUGUUGCACUUUUUAUCCUGGUACUGAAAGGCUGGCAGGGUGAUCAUGUCUAAUGAAUGUAUUAGGAAAGGAAGGAUCAUUUAGAUGGUAGACUGGAGACGUGCCGGGGGGGAGAACAUGGGCAAAUGUCUCCACAACACUUUGAAUGCAAGUCGUUUUGACAUCUAUGUAUUGUCUUUGAAAAAUUCAGAAUGUCUCUUCUUUUUGACAGCUUAGAAGGAGUCGAGAAGCUGAAAGAAAAGCAGUUUUACGUCUGCUGUUUACCUUAGUCACUGACACCAAAAGAUUUCCUCCUUGGUUCAACUCCAGCAAAAGAUACUUUUUAAAUCACAAUAAAGAAAUGGAAAAAAUCUAAGUCAUAACACAUAGUUCUCCAUCAUUGUCCAGCGGCUGCAUUUGUGGACACAAUGUUGUGAUGGUUAAGGUUGCCGUGUAUGUUUGCAGUGUAGUUGUCUUGUUAACAGGUAUGUUGAAGAGAGCGCAGAUCCUUGCCUUGUGUAGCCGUCCAUGUCAUGAGUAAAUCAAAGCGUGCCUACCUAACUUAUGUCCUCCAGUAGGGAUACCAAAGAAAAAGACACAUAUAGAGAGUGCACUUUCUGAAUGUUUGGUGUUUUUCAUGGAAAGUAUAUCAAGGAGUUGUACUAAGAAAUACAAUCACCAAUAGGACUCGUAUUGUUUUACUGUACAUAGUAAAGAAGGUCCUAGAGGUUAAAUGCUGUAACGUUUAAUAAUCCUUUAUUCAUUUGGAGGAAGGAAACGGUGGUAUGUUUUUAUUUGAUUUUUUACAGUGAAUAGGUUUACCCCAGUAGGUUACAGAUGACCAGCACUGACCAUAUAGUUUACAUAGUCACGACGAUACCACACGAAAGUUAAAGCAAAUAAGCAACGGUUAGUAACGCUUCAUUUCGGGCACUUACUGUAUGAAUUCUCUUCUAUCAUUAAACAGCCGCUCAUUGAAAUUAUUGUACUUGUAUGCCUGUGUUUUAUCAUGUUGUUUUUUAAUUAACAUUAAAUACUAUGUGUUAUAUAGAAAAUCAAAGCUUAUAGGUUCAAGAAAAUAUAAGUUAUUUAGUGUCAACACAGUAUUGUGAUAGUGUGUAGAUGGAUAUUUCCCUGGGACUUGCAGAUGCAGUUUUUGCUAUUUUUGUUUACCAUUGCUUUCUCCCUCUCCCCUUGUUCAGUUAUUAAUCUUUAUUAGCUAAUAUGUUUCAUUGUUUUCAAACACAGUUCUUUUAAUCAUAUUUUAGUUCUCUAAACAAUAGCAUCUGUAUGGCAUUUCAGUAAAGAAAGCAAUUGAGUUUUGAAGCUAAAUAAAUUGGUAUUUAACAGGAAAACACAAAAGAUGUUGAAGCUUUUAUAUUGGCCUGACCGUUGCAUCCAAUGCACGUACAAGUAUGUUAUGAAAGAUGUAAUAUACUGUAUAUUAAAAGAAAUGCCUUGCUUUUUAAAAAGAAAUCCUCACUAGCAGGUUUAUAACACACAGUGCUUAGUCAUUGUAACGGUUACGGCCCUUUUCUAGCUAGUGAGCGUUUUAGCCUUUAUGUAACAUACAGUGCUCUCCUGUGUCCUAGCCUUUUACUGCGCCUCAGUUUCAUUUCCACAGACCCACAGAAGUUGGUAUUGAAGAAUCCAGGGGGGUUUUCAGAAAGUCAAAUAUGGCAAAUAAUAUUUAUUGUUUUGUUUUUUUUCAGAACAUUUCGUGUCAAAUUAAAGACCCUUAUCACAAAUGCCUUGUAUGCUAACUAAAUGCAAUAAAGCUUUCAAAUGAA